CGGAAGUGGUCGAGGCCUCCUGGGUAGGCGAUGUUGCAAAUGACGACGUCGGAGGUCUGGGUCUGCCGCUGCGCCGCCGCCGCCGGUCAGGGCCAGCGCGGGGCAGGCCCCACCCGCGCCGGUGCCGCUGUCGCCUUCUGGGCCUACCGGCGUGGGCUCACCUCCUGCGGCAGCGCGCGCUCUGAAGGGGCCCGAUGCGGCGACGGUCCCCACGAGGAUGGCGGCGGCAGAGCUGUUGCUCACGGUGGCGGCGGGUGCUGAGGGUUCUGCAGCGCAUCUGCAACCCGCAGUAGAGCCGUCGGCGCCCCGCGAGCCUCAGGGCGCGGCGCUCGCGCCGCGACCAGCCUGCGCUGCAGACUUGCAGCCACCGGCGGUGCUGCAGUUGCCUUCGGCGUGCGCAGUUCGCGAAGAGCCUCGGGCAGACGCGGCCGCGCUUUCGAGGUCAUCCGCGGCGGCGUGGCUGGGGUCGCAGGGCCAUGCAGCGGCGGCGGAGCAGACAGCAACCUCGGCGGGGCCACAGCUGCUGGCGUCGGCGCGAGAGCCAGAACCCGCGGGGACGUCGCCAGUGACGGCCGGCGUCGAGCAGGCUUGCAUCCCCGCAAUUUCGCGGCCGCUGGCGCCCGUGCCGGCCUGGGCCGCCGCCCUUGCUGCCAAGGAAGGGUCCAGCUCGCACUGCGCACCCGCCGAGACCGCUGCCGCCCUCGCGCUGCGGGCCAGGCUGGCGGCCACGCUGGCAAGCCGGGUCGCCGCGCAGGAGCCCACGGCCAGCCCAACGACAGUGCCGGAGGCUUCCGCGGCCGCGGAGCGCCGAAUAGACCCAGCGGACGGCGCACUGCGAACGCAGCAGUCGGUGGUGGAGAAGCACGCCGGCAGGCUCUCCGCGGCUGGGGCGGAGGCCUACUGGCGCGAGCAGUGCAAGCCCUUGAAAGUCAAGAGAUAUUGACUGGUCGCAGCCCUGGGUUUGUGUUUGGGCUUCUCCGAUGUAGGCGGGCGCGAGCGCGCUGAGCUCUCUAGGCGUCUGGUUGCUUGUGCGAGCGUUGAGCCCAGGAAACCGUCUGCUUCAUGUGCAUAGGAUUUGCAGCUGCUGUAUCGUGG